GCAUAUUAAUACUGGUCGAACAGCGCCACGGUAUUAAAUGCGUGACGAAUGAAACGCUCGCCAGUCGAAUCUGAUCAUUCGAAGGAAUUGUUUAUGUUGUAAUUGACAAAACGUGUAAUUUUAUCGAAUUCGAGUAAUGGAGCUCGAAAUUGUAAACGCCAAAUCAUCAAAAUCUAUUGCUACCGUAAAUGUAAAUCCAAACACUACUAUAGGUGCCAUUAAACAACAAUUAUAUGAACUAAAAAAGGCACCUUAUGUACAAAGACAAAGUUUAAGAUUAGAGGCAAAAGGAAAAGCUCUAACAGAUUCAGAAACUGUAAAAUCUUUAUCUUUGCGGCUUGAUGCUAAAUUAUACUAUAAAGAUUUGGGUCCACAAAUUGGAUGGAAAACUGUAUUCUUAGUGGAAUAUGCGGGGCCCCUAAUAGUAUAUCUUUGGUUGUAUCAACGUCCUUGGUUAUUCUAUGGUGAUGUUGAAAAUACAAAAAUACAUUCUGUGGUCAACAUUGCUGCUGUCUGUUGGACGAUACACUAUGCCAAGCGUUUAUUAGAAACAUUAUUUGUACAUCGUUUUAGUCAUGCUACUAUGCCUUUACGUAACCUCUUCAAAAAUUGCUCAUAUUAUUGGUUAUUUGCAAUGUAUGUGGCAUAUCAUAUCAAUCAUCCAUUGUAUACACCACCAAAUCAGCUAUAUUUUUAUACGGGAUUAGUCAUGUUUGCUUUUUGUGAACUGGGUAAUCUUUUCAUUCACAAAGCAUUAAGAAACCUCAGGCCAGCAGGGACUACAGUUAGAAAGAUUCCUGUGGCUACAGGAAAUCCAUGGACAGUACUGUUUAAUUUUGUCUCCUGUCCAAAUUAUACAUAUGAAAUUGGGAGUUGGAUUGGUUUUACCAUUAUGACUUCAUGUCUUCCAGCUGGACUAUUUACCUUGGCUGGUGCUUACCAAAUGACCAUGUGGGCAUUAGGAAAACAUAGAGCAUACAAGAAAGAAUUCUCUCAAUAUCCCAAAGACCGUAAAGCUAUUUUCCCAUUUAUACUUUAAUAUAUUUGAAAAGGCAAAAAACAUUCCAAAUACUUUGGAUAAAGUACUUUUAAUGAAUUUGCCAGUAACGUAGGUAACAAUGUAUAAAUGUAUUUCUUUUGUCUUUGGUAUCUAUUAUUUUUUCAAUAAACACUUCUUGCUUUAUAAUAA